AGUUUGUUUUUAAUUUAUUUAGGUAUAGAAUAAUAAAAUGAAAAAUAAAAUUAUGAAGACGACUCUCCACCAUUCUUGAAUGAACUUGCAUAAUAUGGGCAUGCAAUUGGUAUUGCACAAGCACUGGUAUGAAGAAACUUUGCAUCCUGUUGAUACAUGUUUGUAGUUGUGCAUGCUUAAGUUCAGUUAUCCUCAAGCCCCCUGGAGAAUUGCAUGUGACAAAAUCAUUUGUAGAUUCAAGAGCUGUCAACAGUACAUAUUUUAAUAUAGAAUGGAUAUUAGAGUCAACACGUGAUGUAAAGAUUCAUUUCAUUAACCUUCCUUCCUGUUUCACUGAUGUUAAACUUACCAUUCUAGAAUUAAGAACUAAAAGAAUACGAAGGUACUGUGAGAAUGACAUUCCCACUGAUGAAGUUUUUCAUGGAAAUGUUGUGAUCAAAUUGUUUGGUUCACGCAUUUACAUUGUUUCGUCGUUUGUUGUGAAACUUUCAUUUGACUACAAAUGUGAUAAUUGCGGACAUACGUUUACACUACCAGCAGAUGGCUCAUCCACUCUGAAAAGUCCAAGUUAUCCUGCAGCAUAUGGUGUAGACUGCUCUUGUACAUGGAAGGGUCUCGUAGACAACAGCAACAGCUUUAUUAAAGUUACAUUUAGCGUUUUCAAGUUACAGGACCCCUUUGCUGGUAUAUGCUUAGACUAUAUUGCCAUCUAUGAUGGAUCCUCGGUUGAUGAAUCAAAGCGGUUAGCCAAACUUUGUGGUUCGAAUAUUCCGGGUGAAGUGAAGAGUUCUGGCAAUAUAAUCAGUAUUGUUUUCAAGUCUGACUCUAGCUCUGGUACGCUUGAGGAUGCAGGGUUUGUGAUGGCUUUAACUGUGGAGAAGAACAAAGAUGAACUGGCUGGUUUGCAAUCUGUUGCUGCUAUACUCGGAGCAAUCAGCUUCGGUAUAUUUAUCGGACUUUUGAUCUGUUCCGUGUUGUACAAACGUUGGUCGAACGAUCGCGCUGAAGUCGAGGUAGAACAUGAUCCUGCCAACGACUACGACGACGCUAUCCAACAAGCGGCUCCUCCCUCGUAUAGAAAAGUUAUGGCUGAGCCAGAGUUAUAUCCCGCUACUCCUAUAGCAUCACCAGAAACCUUGUCGCGGGGUCAAAACUCAGUUCGUUUGCCAUCGAUUGACCCACCUGACUAUCCCGGUGCAGACGACCAUAUCGAAGGCAUGGCAUUAGAAGUUCUUCCGCCUCUCCCAAGUUAUGAUGUUGUCUCCGAGAGCGAAGAUGACUGGGUUGCAGUUAGAAAUACUCGAUCAGCUCGCCCUAAAAGGGUUAUUAAAAGUACAUUAGUCGGCCUUGAUGGUAACCCACCAUGUUACAACGCAGUCACUUCAGAGGGGUCUGAGAACGAAGGUCCGGCAGUUGCAGCGUCUUCGAAAAACCGAAGCAGAUUGCAAUCUCGUUCGCAAAGAACGUCUACUUCUAACAUGUACCAAGCUCGUUCCAAUCCAUCUGAUUCUGAUAGUGACGAGGAACAAGCUGAUGGUGCAGGUAGAAUGAAGCGAAGUCAGAGGUCGUUAUCCGUGAUAAGUUCAGAAUCGGACGUGGAUCCUCUUGAUCCAAUUAUAAUUUCAGGAGGCAUUGAGAUGCCUCCUCUAGGUGAUGGAAGGACUUCAAGCAAUAGUAGCGAUUCAUCUGGACAAGAGCGAGGUAAUGUUUUGCGCACGAGAGCUCGUAACGAUUUGGUGAGACAUGCUAUUCAUAAUUCGAUUGGAAAGUCCGGACUUAGUCGCAGUAAAAUGGAUGGAGCUUCCAGCAACGACGGAACUAAUGCUGGCCUGAGUAGCUGAUAUGUUGUUUUGAAUUCCGUAGCAUCAUUUCAGGGAAAAAACGUCUGCGUUAAAAUACUAACGUCAUUCCGGAAAAAAAAACUUUUCAACAUUUAAACUACUGGUUUUAACUUGGCGAAAGUGAUUUGGAGUUAAACUUUCUUUAUUACAAAUCUUCAACCGAACCCGCAAGAUAAAAAUCCGCAUGCUACCAAUUUUAAGGCAGUGACGUCUUAUAUAUUACCUGUAUGCCCUUGUUGAGUAUGUUUUACCGAUUUGGGCUGCAUCUAUUUUUUUACGCAAAUUUGACGAUUACUCAAAUUUUAUUUAUACAAUUCAUACAAUUAAUUUAGAUUUUGUUAAGAUGGUCGACCAUAGGUCUUAACUUUAGCAGUAAUUUUUAACAGGAUUGCGAUAGUGAAAUUAAGCGAUAAGUCUUAAGGCGGGUUUCCAUCCAAACGAAUUUGGUCGAAUCGAUCGGCAUCUAUAAAGUGGUCGACGUCGACCGAUUGGACCACAUUCUUUUGAUUGGAAACCCGUCUUUAAUUGGUUAUUUGCAGAAAGAUUACGUCAUUUCACUGAGGAUUUGCUUUAAAAUACGUAUAACAUUCCUACAACCGUUUGAAGGCAACAUGGCUUUGAGUUUUUGUGGAGUUUUAAAGGUGAUUGUACAUACAUUUUUAUUUUGAUAUAGAUAUAUACAUAUUUCUACAUUAAUAUUGUACAUAUUGAAUAAUUCGCAUGGCGAUUCAAUUUGAAAUUUUGUUGCAGUAGGAAAUUAAGGGGAGAAGUAUUUAAAGUAAAUACCAUAAGGGGACAAAUUUUGGCGGGAAAAAUGGUGAGAGAAAAUUUGGCGGCAUUGGUGCAAUUUAAUGACGAUUGAUAAAAGAAAAUAUUAAAAAACAAACAUGCAAAACAGGGGAUAACGAAACGUUGAUUAAAUUCUCAUAUAGAAAUUACCUCUAGAUUUACUGAUUUUUAAAAAUAGCGAAUGUCGAAAGAAAGAUAAUUUUAGCAGGAAUUUAAUUUGGCAGGUUUUUUUAUUAAGUCUGCCAAUUACGUCAAAUUUUUUUCCCUUAAGGCACUGUUGUAUAGGGCAAAUUCAAAUGUUUUUAUUUUAGCAAAAAAAAGACUUUCGCCAUUUUUAUUAUUUUCAAGAUGGCGCAGUAAAUAAAAUCAAGAUGUCCGGAUAGAGAAGGGAAAAUUCUUCAUUUGCAUAAGCAGACUGAUUUAUUUACAACGAUUUGAUUAAUAAGUGAAAUUUCAUAAUUAUGGUAAGCAUAUCCCAAAUGCCCAAUUCCAGAUAUCAUUGUCACCAAGGAUAACGUCACGGCGAAGUAAACAACAUCAACUAUUUUGUCUGUCAUGAUUAUAUGCAGAUAAAAAAAACGACGAAGUUGGUUCUUAGAUUUACUAAAACAAAUGAUUUUAUUUUUACCAGAUUAGUUUUCUUUUCUAUAAAGUAUUUAUAUCAAAUCUAUAACCAAAUAUGUUCGAACGUUUCUUAAGUUUUAUUAGUUUGGUUUUGUAGAAAUCGGUAAAUCAAUUUUUUAUUUUUAUAUAAAUUGGGGAAAAAAUUAACUUUCUUGUCU